AUGAACGCACAGCCUCUGCGGCUCCGCCGGUCGUCCGAAGAAACCAUUGCCUCUACUCUUCAUCACUCUCUACGCCGAAACCAUUCUCCAGCAGUCGGCGCUUCGUCUUUCUCUUCGCUAAGAAAUUACUGCAAUCACUUAAUCGUAGUUGAAGGUAUGGCCAAAGCAAGAGAGAGAACUGAGGAUUUUAGGGAUGCCGUGCGUCGAGCAGCACUGAAUUUGGGAUACAGUGAGUCCAAAACCGCAGCAGUGAUGGCUUCUUUUAUCAUGCAUAAAAGUAGGAAAAGAUCGUCCUUCAGCAAAGCUGCAUUAACAACGCUUGACAGUAUUGGAGCUUUAGAGAAUUUCCUCAUGAAGCAUAAGAAGGAUUAUGUAGAUUUACACCGUACCACUGAACAAGAGAGGGAUAGCAUUGAGCAUGAGGUUACAGUUUUUAUCAAAACAUGCAAGGAUCAAAUAGAUGUUCUCAAAAAUAGUAUAAAUGACGAGGAGGCAAAUUCAAAGGGAUGGCUUGGUCUAAGAAAUGACAAUAUGAAUGCUGAUACUGUAGCACAUAAACAUGGAGUGGUCCUGAUUCUAAGUGAAAAGCUUCAUUCGGUGACAUCACAGUUUGAUCAGCUUAGAGCUAUACGCUUCCAGGAUGCUAUCAACAGGGUGGCCCCACAAAGAAAACCUAAGCAGAAACGCACUUCAGAUUUUUCCGGAAAUUCAGCUUCUGGAAAUGCGGAUCUCGAUGAAGCAAACAGUUCGAGAGUCGGGCAGACGGAUAAUGUCCAAGCAGAGCCAAUCAAAUUCCAGCAGCAGCUGUUGGAUGACGAGACUCGAGCCCUUCAGGUGGAGCUGUCGAGCAUGUUGGAUGCCGUUCAAGGGACUGAGACAAAGAUGGUCGAGAUGUCUGCCCUCAACCAUCUCAUGUCGACUCAUGUCCUGCAGCAAGCGCAGCAAAUCGAGUAUUUAUACGAGCAGGCUGUUGAAGCAACAAAGAAUGUGGAGCUGGGUAAUAAAGAGUUGUCGCAAGCAAUUCAACGGAAUAGCAGUAGCAGAACCUUUCUCUUGCUAUUUUUAUUUGUCUUGACAUUUUCGAUUAUCUUUCUUGAUUGGUACAAUUAAAUACAUGUUAUAUGAGAAAGAAACCCAGGUGGGGAAAUAUAUCGGCUCAGGUUUUACCCAUAAAAUCUGGUAGUUGCAAUUUGCGACUGAGUUCUUGUUCUGCGUAAUAUAUGUCGAACCUUUGUCUACCAAACGAAUCACUACAUGGGUUGCUAGAGCUAUAAAUGGUGUAGGUAUUGACACUAAUAAUAUGUAGGACUACAUUUGAGAUGUUUGACUACAUUUUCAUACUCAUUCUUUUGUUAGGCUCUAUUGAUUAUACUUUUCUUAUACUAAGUUGAGGAUCUCUCUUGCCACAUACUGUACUUAUUUAGUUAUUUUACUUGUGUUGAUUUGCUCUCCAAGUAUUUGUCGUUUAGCAGUCCUUCCAUAAUUAUC